GCAUUACAGUCCUUAAGUGUUGCUUUGCAAUCAGGACAGCUAGGUCCUCUCCUUACUCAAUUAGGCCUCGAUCCAUCAGCAGGAAGUGGUGUUGAAGCAUUUCUUCGUGCAAUUCAAGAUCAAGUAUCUAGGCAACGAAGAAAUAACCCUGAAGAGGAUAAUGCCGAUGACCAAAGUGGCGAUCGUAUGGAUGAAGAUUAA